CACUAGACUGAAGAAACAGGGACCUAGAAGCCCCCUACAAUGAGAACAGAAGCCUCCUCUACAUUUACUCUUCAAGAUCUGACAUUAUUAAACCAGUUUUUAAGGUGAGCAUGCACGUGCAUCACAUCAAGAGACAAAGGCAGAGAUGUAAACAUGCCCUGGUCUAAGAAACAGACAUUUUACUCUACUUGUUCCAUUCCAAACAAAGUGCCAAGGCUCCUGAAAAGCCCACCAAACUAACCACUUGUGUUCUCUCAAAAUUAGGCUGCAAUAAACUCUUGAACACUGAACCGUUCAGGAAUGUUGCUUUUAAAGACAUAAUUCAAAUAAAAUUUUAAUCUUUUUUUGAACUGAGCUAUUCAUUCCUAUUUACAGAAAGUCCUUUGGCUUUCACAUUAAGCAAAGCCUUGUAUGUUAUGCACCAGUUUCCAUGGCAGCAUUUCAAGCGAGGAACUGUCUAGCUGGAGUUUCCAGUCCUGGCAUGUCAAACACGCAGACACUGACUUUACAACCAAUCUGUCCGCUUUCUGCCUUUCUUGCAGCAGCAGGACUACCACUAACCCAAAUGUCCAUAUAUCCUCCUCAUUACUUCAAGAAGGUUCUCGCAGAUGACCCAUCUGUGGCUCAACCUCCAAUAAAGCACCAGGGUAUUCAGAAGUUGGUUCAUCACCUGAAGACUGCGCAAGAGGAGUGUAACCCUCCAGGCUGACCUACACACACUGCAGCAUCGGAUCAUAACACCAAGUGAAUUCUCCAGCAUGAGAGAGAGGAAGGGCAGCAGCACCUGAACAACACAAAACGAAUGCAGCAUCAGUUUCUUGCUGUGCCAGCCGCGCUGUUGGAAUGGAUACCGGCAGUUUCCAGGCAGGGGUAUGCUUUCUAUUGCUGUCACUCAACGGAUUCCUCUCUUCCUCACCGGCGACAAGUUUUUGUCCCGACCGCUGUGACUGUCAGCACCCGCAGCACCUUAUGUGUACGAACCGCGGGUUGCGCACUGUGCCCAAACCCGCUGCGCGGGUGCCCGAGGAGGUGCAGAUCUUCAGCCUUGGGGGUAACUUUAUCAGUAACAUCUCUGCCUUCGAUUUCACACGAUACAGCGACCUUGUAAGGUUAAAUUUACAGUACAAUCAGAUACAAGCGAUUCACCCCAAAGCAUUUGAAAAAUUGUCCAAGCUAGAAGAGCUGUACUUGGGACACAAUCUUUUAUCUAAUAUACUUACGGGGACUCUACAGCCCCUGAAUAAAUUAACUGUACUCUAUGGAAACAAUAAUGACAUUAAGAAAAUUACACCGGAGCUCUUUGCCAACUUGGAUAAUCUUGUUAAAUUGCGCCUGGAUGGCAACUCAAUCAAAGUUCUACAGAAUUCUGUUUUUAAAAGUUUAACCAAUCUACAUUAUCUACAUCUGGAAUCCAACAAACUACAGCAUAUUCACAGAAACGCUUUCUCUAAACUCACCAGCCUACGCUUUCUAAACCUGGCCCAUAAUAAGCAAUCAGCUGUGCGCAAUGUCCUCACUUUUUCCCAACUCAAAGCUCUGACAACUUUGCUGCUGUCCGAAAAUGAAAUUCAGUACAUUGGAAAUCACGUCUUCCAAAACCUGAAAAAGCUGUCCAAAUUGUCCCUAAGCAACAACAAAAUUUCUCGUCUAGACAGUGCUGCUUUGAAGGGGCUGUCGAGCCUCAAAGAGCUUCUGAUUGACGGCAACGACCUGGAGGAAAUCCCUGCUGGUCUCCUCGACCCUCUGGAGCGCAUCGAGAAGCUCGACUUUAGUAGCAAUCGGAUUUCCAACGUAGACUCUUUGGCUUUUUCGCAACUUAAACAUCUAAAGGUGCUGAAACUGCGGAACAACUUUCUUACUAGUCUGUCUGGUGACAUCUUUGCCCUUAACAAGAUGCUUUAUGACCUGGAUCUCAAUGGCAAUAACUGGACGUGCGACUGUCGCCUGGAGGAGCUGAAGAAAUGGAUGACUGUUGCACAUUCUCAGGGCAAAUUGUUGACUGUUUUUGUGCAGUGUCAUCACCCAGCAACUCUAAGGGGGACAUAUCUGGAUUAUGUGAACAGCUCCCAACUGCAGCCUCUCGGGAACUGGACUCACUUCUGUAGGAGCCAAGCUGGGCCUGAGGAGAGAAGUGGAGGAGGUGUAGUGGUUAAGGCGGAGGGAAAAGAGUUAACAGAUACAAUAAAGCAGGAGGAGAGAGGCGGGGAAGGUCAGGUAGAAGGAGCAGGAGGUGUAGAUUUAAGACAGGAAAACAGGGUUGGGGUGAUAGUGAGGAAAGGGGGAGAAAAACGCAAGCGAGAGGGACAAGAGGGGGUGGAAAUUCAAGAAAACCAGGGAGGUCCAGAGGUGACAGAACUCUCUUCAACACUGGAAAGAAAGAAACCAAAGAAGGAGUCACUCAGUCCACAGUCACGACCUGCUGUAGAGGCAGCUGGGAAACGUGCCAAAGGGAGACAAAGGUCAGAUGUUAUUUCCAGAACUGACCCACCAUCCAUUUCCACACCAAGUCACAGAAAUCCCACUGAGGUAAACAAUGUGCUCACCACAACCUCUCCUGUGCAGCCAGGAGAAAAGUUUGAUCUUCUGAGGUCUAAUCAGUUGGAGGGCCUACCUGUUAUCACAGAUCCUUGCAUGUUCAAUGGCCAUUUUAUCACUAAUGUGUCUGUGGAUCAAGUGACAUCUAGCACUGUCAUUGUAAACUGGAAAACAAGGGAUUAUCACCGCUACACACCAGGGCCUGGGCCAGGUUUAAAUGAAGUUCACUACCGCAUUCUGUUUGACCGAUUUGGGACUGCAGAUCAUUUUCCUCGCUAUGUUUAUGCCCGUGGCACAGCUCGCUCCAUAACCCUUCGAGAACUCCGCUCAGAUGUGACCUACAUGGUCUGCGUGGAAGGAGUAGUUGGAGGAACUGUGUGCCAAGUCGCCCCUCGUGACCAUUGCACAGGACUGGUCACUCUUCCUGAAGGCUUCAGCCAUGGCAACACAUUGACCUCUGACCUCCAGCUGGUGACUGUGGCAACGCUCGCUGGGAACGCCAUGCUGCUGCUGGUCAUUGGCGGGGUCUGGCUGGGACGGAACGUGAGGAAAAGGUUGGAGAAGAGGAAGUCGGCUAUACACGUGCGCCACAUGUACUCCACCAGGCGACAGUUUCGUCCCACAAUUGCGACUGCAGCUGUAUCCACUGACUUCACCUGCUACCAGAGCAGUCGCCCAGCACGACUUGCACCACUGGAGGAGGGGGACCUCAUUGAGUUCCCUUGUGACCGCUUUCUAGACAACAGCAGUGCUCACAGAGAUGAUGACAUGCAGAGGUUCUCAGACUAGAAUCGUGCAAACUAAAAAUGUUGACAACAGAAUGAUAUGUGAAUUCAUUUGUGCUGUGGACUUUGGUGUAGCACCUAGAAUACAGAAAAUACAAAGUCACAUCUAUUGAUACACUGCAGUCUCAUUAUAAACAAACCAAGUCAACAACCAUGGAACAAUUUGUAUUUUGGAUUUUCAUUUGAUCACAAGAAAACUGAAAACUGUGAGAAGCGAACAAUUAAGUUCAUCAGACAGCAGGGGAAGUCUAUUCUCUCUGACUUCCUCUUCCUGCUUUGCACCUGCAAAUGUUUUUACAUGUGUGUAUUAUGGUGAGUGCAAGCAUGUAUGUAUAAAUGAUGGACCACUGAUUUCAACUAUGGUGCUAAUAUUGAGUUCCUAGACAUGAUACUGUCUCAUAAUUGUACAGGCUAUAAUGAUGGCUGCUGGUUGGCAGGAAAGAACACUUGUUAUGUAUCAUAUCUAUCAUGUUUAAUACUUUUAUAUGCAAAUUCAUAUCUUUCUGAAUUACACAAAGGUGUAAAAAUCCCCAACAAUGUGAUUCAUUUGUCAUAUGAGUGUUUAUAGAUAGUUAACCGUAUCUGUGGUUUUCAGAUAUUUUUUACAUAACCUGUUGAUUAUGUAAAGUAUAAGGAGUUUAUAUUUCUAGAAAUAGGGGGAAUACAUGAAGAUUUUUUUUAUAGGCGAUAUAAAAAUAAGACAAUUGCCAUAAUCCUUUUGACCUCCAGGUUGUGUUUAUAUAUUUUUAUGAUGUAGACAUUAUAUGCCUCAGCUGAGCAGGCCAGAUACUGCUAUUUACAGGAAUGUUCAGGCUGUUUAGAAUUACCAUCAUGUGGCGUGUGGGUGGUGCUAUACAUGUGUUCUGGUACUUUUUUCUGAGUAAUAUGCUGUUG